CACCACCUCCUCCUCUCCACUUCGCUCCCGCUCGCGCUCGCGCUCCCGCUCUCCUCGUCGUCGCCAUGGCCGCGCCCGCUCCAUGAGGCCACCAGCUUCCGCCGCGCCGCUCCCCUGCUUCCCUCUCCCCGCGGGUGCUGUUCGCCUCGCCUGAUCCCUCCCCAAUGCUUCUGAGAUGCUGCCUCGUCGUCGUCGCCGCCGCCGCCGCCGCGGUUCUCCUGCUCGUCACCAACGCGUGCGUGGGGGCGGCGCCCGCGCCGACCGCGCGUGGGGGGCGGCGGUGGCUGCUCGAGAGGCAGGACCUCCUCGCGCUCCACGGCCUGCGCGGGGCGCUCGGCGUGCGGGCGGAGUACUGGCCGGUGAAGGGCCACCCCUGCGCCUGGGCUGGCGUCGUCUGCCGCGCCGGGCGCGUCGCGGAGCUCCGGCUAACGGGGCUCCGGAGAACCCGCGCCGGCGCGCAGAGACAGGGGUUCGCCGUCGACCCGCUGCGGGAGCUCACGGCGCUCGAGGUUUUCGACGCGUCGGGGUUCCCGCUCCCUGGUCGGAUCCCGGCGUGGUUCGGGACCGGCCUCCCGCCGUCGCUGGCAGUGCUAGACCUCCACUCCACCUCUGUCAAUGGAGAGCUUCCAGCCGAUCUUGGCAUGUCCGGGAACCUGACGACCCUUAACCUCUCUGGUAAUAGCAUCUCCGGCUCAAUUCCGGCGACAUUGUUCCUCAUUAAGGGGCUCAAAUUUCUCGAUAUUUCUGACAACAAUCUCACCGGCGAGCUACCAAACGUGUCCAUCCUUGCCGGUGAUGGAACCGGAGUUUUUAACGCUUCUGGCAAUUCCUUGUACGGUGCCAUUGGAGAUGUCCUUGGGCCCCUCCUGAAGAGAUUUCGUCAGGUCGAUGUGUCAAGAAAUUACUUCAGUGAGGUAGUUGGAACUGGAUAUGGGAACAGCUCCGAUGGAGCAGUGCACAUAAAUAUGAAUUGCUUCUCCGGAUCAAGCCAGCGAAGCCAGGGGGAUUGUGAGGCGUUCUACAAGAGGAAUAGGGCUUCAUUGCCAGAGCCACCAAAUGCAUCGCCAUCACCAAGCAAGAAAGGGGUGAAGUGGAAGCAUGUACUUGCUGGAGUCCUGGCAGGCUCGGCAAUUUUGGUGGUAUUUUUACUUGUAGCACUAGUGUUUUGCCUGAUGAGGAGGGGGAGACGGCAACCGAGAGGAAGAGGGUUGGAGCAGAAUGAAGAAGGGAUUCGUUCAGGUCGCAGGAGUAGCAGCGUUAAUCCUGUGAUGCUUUCAUCUAUGGCGGCAUCCCCGGCAGCAAAUGGUACUGUGAAAGGUCUGCCUACCAUUGUGGAUGACUUCACCUAUGAGCAAUUGCACUAUGUUACUGGGGGUUUUGGGGAUGACAAUCUUGUCAAGCAUGGGCAUUCUGGGGACAUUUACCAUGGUGCACUGGAAAGUGGUUUCAAUGUUGUCGUCAAAAAGGUUGAUCGGAAGAGCAGUAAUAAGACCUUGGGGGAAUUGGGCUUCCUUGCAAAGAAUUCCCAUGGGAGGAUUGUUCCAUUGCUGGGGCAUUUGGCUGUGGAUGAUGAGGAAUUGCUGGUAUACAAAUACAUGGCAAAGGGAGACUUGACUACUGCAUUACACAAGAAACCAGUCGAUUCUGAGGAGGGGUUGCAGUCUUUGGAUUGGAUAACAAGGCUGAAGAUAGCCAUCGGUGUUGCAGAGGCUUUGUGCUUCCUGCAUGACGAGUGUAGUCCACCAUUGGUUCACAGAGAUAUCCAAGCCAGCAGUGUGCUUCUUGAUGACAAAUUUGAAGUGUGCCUUGGAAGUUUGAGUGAUGUAUGCACUCAACAAAGUGAGGGAAGCAGGAGUUUCUUCUCUAGGAUGUUGAGAUCAUCAAAGUCUCUUGACAAGAACACAUCAGGUCCGCCAGCCAGCUGCUCGUAUGAUGUAUACUGCUUUGGAAAGGUGCUGCUUGAGCUAAUCACCGGGAAUUUUGGCGUGAGUGGCUCAAAUGACACUGGUUCAGAGGAGUGGUUGGCAAGAACAUUAGAUUUCAUCGAUGCCCAUGAGAAGGAGGGUCUUUCAAAUAUUGUAGAUCCCUCACUUGUAGUAGAUGAGGACCACCUAGAAGAGGUAUGGGCAGUUUCCAUUGUUGCAAAGACAUGCCUGAAUCCAAAGCCCUCCAGACGUCCGCUGGCUCGGUACAUCCUGAAAGCUUUGGAGAACCCACUACGGGUGGUGAGGGAAGAAUUAGAAUUGAACUCAUCACGGCUCAGGAGUACCUCAUCUCGAAGCUCAUGGCAGUUCGCCUUCCAUGGGCAAUCGUACAGAAGCUCGGAGCUCAGGCCAACAUUAGGGCAAUCACUUGCUCGGAAGCAGUCAGUGAAGUCACAAGGAAGUGACGAGGAGGAGGAGGAGGAGGAUUCGUUCUCCUUCAAGAGGGCUUCACGGGAGAUUCUCCCUGACCCAUCGGUAGAGUUGGAAGAGAAUGCUGUUGUGUAGGAUCACCACAGAUUUAGCAAUACUUUACAUGCUCUCAGAUCUCAUCUCACUUGUGUAUAAUUCAUCCUCUGAUGCGCAUCUCCUGAUGCCUCUAGGUGAAAGAAAAAAAACUGUGCAUAUAGGAGGUAGGCUCUUCUUUCUCUUUUCCUUUUUCAUUUCAGUGCUGUGUAAUCUGUAUCUGAGAUUCUGAGAGAAUAAGUGGCACAAUGGUGCGCGGUGCUCGAAAUGCAAGUGGCCACGAUUUCGUCA